UACCCCUACUUGUUUUCAUCGUGCUGUCACAAACGUCAAAAACACAAAUUUUUAAUAACUUUUUUUUGGAAAAAUGGCCUUUGUUGCGCUACAAACCGACUGUAAAAAGAUUAUUUCGAACCUAAAAUAUUUAAAUAAUGACGAAUUGGAUCAGAUAUUGAACGAUAACUCGAAAACGGAGGCGUUAUUGCACAGCUUAGAUCAGACGUAUUUAAAAGAUAUCUCUUUGGAAAAGGAGACGAUUAUCGAACAAAAUAGGGUUUUAGCGGAAGGGAAUUUAGCUAAAGAGCCCCAAUUAGUCGAAGGGAGGCAAUAUGUCGAGAAAUUAUCCGCAGAUGGUGAAGAGUUAUCGAAUCGCGUUAAAGAGAAAUAUAAUCAAAUGAGGCAACAAUCGGGUGAUGUCUCCCUUGAAACGGCAUUAGCGUUGUUACAAACAGCUGCAAGUGAAUUGGAGGAGGACUCCGAGAAUACGACCCAAUCGUUUUUAAAUGGUGAUAUAGAUUUGGAGCAGUUUUUAGAUCAGUUUUUAACAAAACGGAAAUUGUUACAUCUUCGGCAAUUAAAGGCGGAGAAGAUGAUUAAAAUUAUUUCGAGGGAUCCGUUGGGGGGGUCCAAUUACGCUAACACCCCUCCAAUGGCAAUCAACACGAAUUAUUUCCCCGGAAUCCCACAAAAUUUAAACCCUAAUUCCGUGCCUUAUCCCACCGGAGGGUUUUACAUGCCUAUGCCGCACUCUAAUUUUUACCCAAAUAAUUAUUAAUUUUUAAUUACUAUAAAAUUUAAUCAAAUUAAACAAAAAAAUUAGGAUUAGGAUUCUUUGAUUAAUUAUAAGUAAAAUAUAAAGUAAUUACAACAUA